AGCCGCAGCAAAUUCGGUUUUCUUCUCUUCUCUCCCUCCCUCCCUCCCUCCCUCCUUCCCUCCACAAUCUUUUGCUUCUCGUCUAAAUUUCCUCUUGCUGUUAAUUUUCUCUGGCUUCUAGUUUUGUGACAGUGGAUUAAUAAAGAUUUGCUACUAUGUCGGCAAUGGGUUCUCACACCAACAAGACGUCGCAGAAAAAGGAUCGUCCCCAAAUAAUUAAAUUGAAUAAAGCAUUGGAAUUGGCUAAAAAAUGGGUUAAUGACAUGACUGAACCAGCAGAAGAUGAGCAUUUUGAAAUACAGAGUCGACCUGCUAGGCUUGGACUAGGUGCUAAAGUUCCCCGGCCAUCCAAAUUUGUACCUUCAGAUGAUCCCCUGGAAAGGAAAUUACACUACAAAUUGGAUGCUGGAAGAAGAGCUGCUGCCAAAAUUGCCGAGGAGUCCGCCGCCGCCGCAUCGGCUGCUAGCGAUGAUGACGACGAUGAAGAUUUAGACAGCAGAACCAAAGCAUUUGAGAAGAAAAGACCUGCAGCUCCGGUGACCCCAUCGUUAGGGGGAAAGAAAAGGAAGAAAGUUAACCAUAACACCCCUGGCAGAAGUUGAUUUUAGAGAUUGGGUUCUGUUGUUCUGGUAACUUCGUACAAUUUCUUUAUCUGUAAUUAUAGAUGUUCAGUCAAGAAAUCAAAGCUUGUGGAAAGGUGGUAGGAACAAAUAUUCCACAUUUUCCAAACCAAAGUUACGGCUUGUUCAGUGCUAAA